UGUGCACUGCGUGUUCAGAGAAGGUCCGAACCCGUCGCUACGAUGGCAGCCCGGAGAAUCACUGUGCUGUGGGUCCUGUGGUUUUCAGCACUGUCCGUGGACAUCAGGGAGUGCUGCAGCCCCACCAUCAAGAGGAAUCGAGAGGAGCGGCUGAUUGGCGAGGGGCAGGCCUUCAACCUGAGCUGCCACGUCUCCUGCAUCGAGCCCCCCCAGCCGCUGCAGUGGUGCAAGGACGCCGGGCGCCAGUGCCAGAUUCAGCUGAAUGAAACCACCGGGGAGCAGAACUACACCUUUGUCCUGCGCGUGGACAGGGCCGCGCUCGGCCACAGCGGGGUGUACUACUGCCAGUCGGUGCACCCCGAAAUAAGGAGCAACCCCGUGAUCCUCACCGUGACGCGCUUCCAGGUCAACGUGUCCCAAGACUCAGUCGAAGUGCAGGAGGGACAGGCAGUCACCAUCAACUGCACAGCUUCCUUUCACCACAGCUUCCACAACCUGACGCUCUUCUGGAGCCGGGGGGCGUGCCAGCACUGGGACGCGGCCAACCACACCCAAGGUGCAGAUUUGGGGUUCGCCUGGGUCCCCCUUACAGCAAGCCAGGCGGGGGACUAUCACUGCUGCGCCUCCCUCCCCACCCACACCCCCUUCCGGCAGAGCCAGGCCGUGAGGGUCACAGUCACAGGUCCGAGCUGGCUCCCGGCCUACACUUUGGCGAGGUACCUGGUGGCCAAAGCGGGGCUCUUCGGUUUGCUCCUGUUCACCGCCUGCGCCUACAUGUCCUGCGGAAACCGCUGCCGAACGCACCCCCCGCCCCCCUUUUGCCCUCCCCCAGGGAUUGGCACACCCCCAGUUUGUGUGGCGCCUGUGUCCUUCUGUCCCACGCAUUAAUAGACCAGGACAGCCCUCCUGGCACCACUCCAGGGGGACCUUUCGGCAUUUCUCAAAUUCCAUAGGAGGACAGCUUCUGCGCCGCCAUCUAUCCCCGGAUCCACCCCUCCCUACCUCCUGCGGCACCUUCCUCCCUUCAUGUUCCAGACUUAUUUACCACGAACAUAUCCUUACAUUUAACCGCAAUUCCACCACGUCUUACAAGACUUUGCU